AUGUCCAGCUCCAUGGGGCCCCGGCCGCUCACGUCGGCCUUCGAGAGCCCGACCUUUGAUGAGGAUAGCUCAUUCCAUGUGGAGCAGCCGGUAGGAUCUAUGUCCAUAUCUCCAUGUGGGCGCGAUGUGGUCCUGGCGUCCAAGGAGGGUCUCCAUGUCAUCGACCUGGACUCGCCGUACUCCCCACCGCGGUAUCUCCCUCACCAUACGCCGUGGGAGGUCGCCGACGUACAGUGGUCGCCGUUUGCAUCACGCGACUACUGGGUCGUGAGUACUUCCAACCAGAAAGCGCUGGUGUGGAAUUUGGCCAUGAAGACAUGGCAGAACUCCAUCGAGUAUGUGCUGCACGCUCACUCGCGAGCAAUUACCGAUAUCAAUUGGUCGGCCUUUCAUCCGGAUAUCUUGGCCACCUGUGCAGUUGAUAGUUUUGUGCAUUGCUGGGACCUGCGCACACCCUCGCGGCCCGCCAUCUCGUUUUCGGACUGGUUCACCAGUGCCACCCAGGUCAAAUGGAAUCGACAAGAUCCUCACGUUAUCGCAAGUUCACACGAUCGAUAUCUCCGGAUUUGGGAUGAUCGUAUGGGUGCCUAUCCGAUCAAGUCCAUUGAAGCCCAUGACACCAAGAUCUAUGGCGUGGACUGGAACCGAGUUAGGCGCGGCGCGCUAGCGACAUGCUCGUUGGACAAGACUAUCAAAUUCUGGGAUUAUACGACCGACACUGAGGUGCCGGAGAAGUUAAUCCGCACACCUUUCCCGGUGUGGCGAGCUCGAAACACGCCCUUUGGAUGGGGUGUGCUUGCCAUGCCACAGAGAGGCAACAGCGACCUCCACCUCUACAGUCGGCGAGCUGGCGAGGGUAGCAACCCUGAAGAUGAUUUGCCUCUGGUUCACAGUUUCCCUGGACACAAAGGCCAGGUGAAGGAGUUCCUGUGGAGGCCCCGAGGAGGUGUGGUAGAUGGCAUCGACAACCGGGAGUUCCAACUCGUGACAUGGGGAACCGAUCGCGAGCUGCGACUUCACCGAGUCGAUCCCGAGAUUCUUGAGCGUGUCGGGUAUGAGAAAGGGAAAUCCUAUAUUUCAACUCGAAACGUGACGCGCUUGGGUGCGGUCUACCGAAGUUUCAGGGAUGUCAAUUCGGAUUUAGACGUGGAGGAACUCGAUGCCGCUUCUUCAGUUGGCCCACAUCAUGCGGUGACUAGCCAGUAUCCUGGAAGCCCCGGCAUGAAUGCCAUUUCAGUGCCCCACGCUCGUGCCUGGACGCGGACUAGCAAUGUCGAUACCCGUAUGGGGAUGCAGCCGCGUUCGAAUCUCCGAGCUGAUACCAAUCCGAUUGCUUGGAUGCGUGGCGUGAAGAUCUCGGGUUGGGACGUUGAGACCCUGGGAGAUGAGAUCAGUCAUGUGGGCGAAAAGUUCACCAAGGUUGCAUUUGAAUCGGUUGAUGUGCGACAAAGGAAAAUUUCUAUUUCACUCAACGGUCCCUGGGGCGCGGAGGGUGCAUCCUUGUUCCUCAAAGUUGAUAUCAAGUUCCCUGUUAGCUACCCUAAGACAGCGAUUCCCACAUUUAAUUUUCAGAAGACAGCUGCCGUCACCGACGAGCUGUCUCAGAAACUCACAGCGGAACUGCGAACUAUCGCCGAGACCUACAAGUCGAGGACACGAGGCUGUUUAGAAGGCGCAGUGCGCUAUCUGCUGGGGGAGAGUAGCCUCGAGGAGAGUAUCGCGUGGAUUCUUGGCGAGACUGGUGACAACGUCAAAUCACCCCUCAACGGCGAAUUGGAGGGUGAGUCCAGCGACGAAGACGAAGUUGGCAUGACGCAAAGCCAGGAACUAGGAAUGAGUUCGGAGCUACUUCGACCAGUGAACGCCAACGUGAUGGUGCCUGUUGCGAAGGGGUGCGGUGCCUUAUGGGCAAACGACGGCCGUCUCAUUUGUUUCUUCCCGCCGAAAAAGGACAAGUCAACAGAGCUGUUUGACAACAUCGGAUUCAAAGAGAUGAGUCGAUUGUCCCGGACAGACAAGGUCUUUGAAGGCUUCGGCCGCCUGCAGACGAGCUCCCCUGGCCCGCGCAUGAACGGCACACUCACGAGCACGGAUGACGGCGCGUCUGAUUACUCCGAUGACUCGUACUCUGAGACCUCCAGUUCAUCCGGCUCCUCUGAUAUUCUCUCAGGGCUACCAGCCCGCUUUCAAGCACCUCAAACCUGGCGCAGUGCCGGUAGUAUCGGUAUCUACAGACCACGGUCGACGGAUAACUCUCAACGAUCUAUUGCUGGAGGUGCCACCGCAAAAGUCCCUGAUGCGCCUCGCAACGUGGUAUCUAUUCAUGAUUUGAGCGAUAUGCUGCCAGUCAAGCGGGAACUUGCUAGCAAAUAUCGCAUCUGUGGUAAAGGAGCGGACGUGUGUGCUCACAAUGCUGCUGUUGCUCUGGACGCGGGAUGCUACGAGUUGGCUCAGAUUUGGGGUCUCAUCAAGUUGAUUCUUCAAGUUCGAAGGAAGCCGGUUUCUAAUCUCGAAUCAAAGAUGGGAAUCCGACGAGACGCACAGGGUAUCGGCAGCAUGGGUCGCAGCCAGGUUACUCCGAAAGGUGGGUUUUACAAAGAUCUCGCGAGUAGUGUUAUUCGAUGGGGAGACCAUCCUAUGGGAAGACACUGGCUUGUACCUGCUUUGUUUGAACACUUCGAGCGUAUUGGCGAUGUGCAGAUGGUAGCAAUGCUUUCUUGCGUGUUGCUGGAAGCGAACCACGAGGGCCGGUCAGAGGAACAAUCGGAACCUCGCCUCGAGGAACGGGCGUUCUCCUUGGAGUUCUCAUCGGUUGCGUCAACAGUGCAGAACAACAAAUCGCAAGCUGCUACUCCUGCUUCCUCUCUCCCGCGGGAGACCCAAUCUGUGCUUCCUCACACCUCUGCUCGCUCGUCGAGUGAGAUCUGGCGCCUUGAAUCUACUCCCCCUUACUCUACUGGCACUACGCCUCCGCUGGGUUCUUCUCGCCCACGAGGUAUUGCUGCCGAUCGCAAGGCUUUGAGCCACAAUGUCUCAAUAGCAGCAUCGCCGGAUCAACAAUCACAGCCUCGAAGUGGAUCUGGAUUUGGGUCUGUGCUUGCAUCGUCAUUAUCUCGUUCCUUCACAUUUGGGCCUUCAUCGGCAUCGCCUCCCGUGAGCCACCUUAGUAAGAAGAAGCCAAGCCCGGGACAGAGCCCGGGCGUGGCAUCCGGUCCGGUGGCCCAAUCUGAUACCGAAAGUGACCGUCCCCCUCAACCAGCUAAACCAGCAGCUCGAUUCAAGGUCACUCUGAAGAAUCAAAGUGCGUUUGAUGGCGAUGAUGCCGCACCUGAUUCCCUGCUCGACCGUGAUAAGGAAUGGCUAUACCAGUCUUACCGCGCUGCAUACGCCGAUCUGCUAUCCAUAUGGGGACUUCCUGUCCAACAAAGUGAGGUCAUGAAGAUCGGAGCGGUAGUUUAUGCUUCGGAAGAUGAUAUGCAUACCAGUCAAUACUGGAGUAACCGCAGUUCCAAGACGACGUCGACCCUUCCAGAGGUGACACAGAAAGGUCCCACGUCAGGCCUUGACGGUCUUGAUUUCCAGCGUCACUGCGUCAACUGUGGCCAUGCUCAGCAACUGUCCAUAUUUGCUCCACCGCCAGCCCCCGAGACACCGUCUAAACGCGCCCGUCGGGGCCAAACCCCAUCAUCUCGAUGCUCUAACUGCAAACCCCGCCAAUCUCUCCCUACUCGACUCCCCUGCGUUGUAUGCGGUGAAGUUGUCGACGGGAUGCUGGUGCCGUGUCUUGGCUGUGGCCACGUGAGCUGUUUCUCCUGCCAUCGUCGCUGGUUCCUCCAAACAAGCUCAAGCGAUCAAUUCGAUAGUCCGUUCUAUCCGCCAGAGGAUACCAAUGUGCUACCGACAUGUCCAACCGGCUGCGGUUGCAACUGCUCCGAGUACGUUACAGCCGACGUACCCAUGCCCGUAUGGGAGACUCCCAUGUCGCCAGGUACCAAGCCAGAAACCGCUGGUCUCCCCCACCGGAACGCGUCACACGAGAAACGACAUCGCCGACGACAGUCUGAACCACCUUCCAGUCGUGACUCGAGCGGUCGCAACACUCCUACCUCGAAGGCUGGGGUUGGUCAGCUUCAGGAUGAUCUAGAUUUGUGGCAGACAUCUUCGCCGUUUGCCUCUCUGGCACGGGGUAUGGGCGGGGGGUUGAGUCAGGGCCUACGGACGAAGGAUGAUCGGAAGAAGAAUCGGACGGUUGCCAUUGCCACGCCUAAGGGUAAGGGUAAAUGA